CUCACUCUGGGUCGGUCGCUGCUUCUUUUUGCAAAGGAAUGUCGCUGCUUUAUCUCUGUUGGGAUGGAGGUCUGACAGAUGUUUUGAGAAAAAGAUGUCGGGACUGCAGUUUCUUAUGUCAUUAAAUAACCAUGAUGCUCAAAAACAACAUGGUAGUUACCUCCACCACUGACUGGCGAGCAAGAACAUUCAGUCAGAUUUAAGACAACAGCUGCUCAAUUCAAAGUCAGUAUUUGGUACUUUGGCAUCAUAUUUGCUUCUAAGCAUGGAGCCUUAAAUUCCUCAUCCAUAGGGAUACACUAUUACUCUUUACCUCCAGUUGUUGUGUGACGAAUUGUCAGGGGAGAUCCACUGUACUACCGCUUGUUUCUAUACAAACUCACGAAGCCUCGUCAAGAUGUUUUCAGCGCUGAAGAAGCUGGUGGGAUCUGAGCCAGGGCAGCUCAGGGAUAAGAAUAUUCCAGCUGGCCUGCAGUCCAUGAACCAAAGUUUGCAGAGACGCUUCGCCAAAGGGGUUCAGUAUAAUAUGAAAAUAGUCAUCCGGGGAGACAGAAACACUGGAAAGAGUACUUUAUGGCAUCGACUGCAGGGCAAGAAGUUUGUGGAGGAGUACAUACCCACUCAGGAGAUCCAAGCCACAAGUAUCCAUUGGAAUUACAAAACUACUGACGAUGUGGUCAAGGUAGAGGUUUGGGACGUGGUAGACAAAGGCCAAAAAUAUCCUCUUCCUGAAGGUGUAGGCAAAGGCAAAAGGCGUGGAGACAAUUUGAAACUGGAGAAUGAGCCCCAAGAGUCAGAUGAGGUGGCCCUGGAUGCAGAGUUCCUGGAUGUGUACAAGAACUGCAAUGGAGUCAUCAUGAUGUUUGACAUUACCAAACAGUGGACAUUUAACUACAUCCUGAGGGAACUGCCCAAAGUACCCACCCAUGUGCCGGUGUGUGUGUUGGGAAACCACAGGGACAUGGGCGAGCACCGCGUCAUCCUCCCUGAUGAUAUAAGAGACCUGAUUGCUGGACUGAACAGACCAAUGGGAUCAUCUUACAUCCACUAUGCUGAGUCCUCCAUGAAGAACGGCUUUGGUUUGAAAUAUCUGCACAGAUUUUUCAACAUCCCCUUCUUGCAGCUACAGAGAGAGACUCUCCUGAGGCAGCUGGAGACCAACCAGCUGGACAUGGACGCCACCCUGGAGGAGCUCUGUGUCCAGCAGGAGACUGAAGAUCAGAACUAUGAAAUUUUCCUUGAGAACUUGGAGUCUCGCAGUAAGAGCUACGGCUCUCCUGGUCCAGCCAACGGUCAGAGCUCCUCCUCAGGCUCCCAGUCCCCCAUCGUCCCUCCCAGUGGGGCCUCCACGGGCAGCUCCAGCCCCAGCACUCCUCAGCCCCCCAUCCCACAGUCACCAUCUGUGUCUGCGUCCUCCCCUCCACCUCCCACGGCAACGGUUAGCGGGGCAGCUUCACCUAUUGCUGAGUCAAAGCCACCUGCCCAGUCUCCCGAACACAGUCAGUCCUCAGCAGCAUCUGGAGCGUUAGCCACUCAAAAACGCAGCUUCAUCUCCCGCUGGUUUGGUUCAUCACCUGCUGCUGAUGCUCCUGUUCCUGCACCAGAGGACCCUGCAGCACCAGUGUGUCCUGCUAAGGUCCAGAGCGUGGAUGAUUUUGUGCCAGAUGAGAGACUGGACAAGAGUUUCCUGGAGGACAGCCUGCCCUCAAAGACCAAGGUGCCUCAGCCUGCACCUGCUCCAGCUGUGGACAGUGACAGUGAUGGUGAAGACAGAGGAAACCCCAUGGUGUCUGGUUUCCAGGAUGAGCUCGAUCCCGAUGACACUGAGCCCAGUCUUCCCCAAACUAAGACCCUGCAACCCAGUAAAGACAUCACUCUAACCAGUGACGAGGAGGAGGGAGUACCAGUGGCCCACACCAUCACACAGGACCAAGACCUGGACAGUGAACCUGAGCUGAAAGCGCCUGUGAUUCACAUCACAAAACCAAACGUGGCAUCUAAAGCACCAGAGCCCAGAGGCCAGAGCGCAGCGCCCAUCUCCCUCACUUUAAUUCCAGCAGCAGAACAGCCGGCCCGACACCAAGCCAAGAAGAAGGGAAACACACCCAAGGCUGAGGACUCUGAUACCGACCCCGAGGCCCCUGUAGCCCAGCAACUGCUCUCUUUUGUCAUGGAUGACCCCGACUUUGAGUCUGAAGCAUCAGACACACCAAAAAUAGCGAAGGAUGCAUUUCCAGUCAGGGACGAGCUUCUGUCCGAUCUCUCUGACGAUGACAUGCAGUUAGCCAAAGUGCCAGAACCUCUGAAGCCCACUGUGAUCUCCUUCAAACAAAAGGACGAUACCGACCUGUUUGGCCUCGGCAUCCAGGAAGAGGCUCCCGCAGCCAAGGACAGCAGCGAGGAGCAGGAAGAGAAAGAAAGCAAACACUCCUCUAAAGAAAAGAAGAAAAAGAAGAAGAAAAGCAAAGAGGAGGAUGACAAAAGCAAGAAGAAACACAAACACAAGAAAAAGGAAAAAGACGACGCUGCUGCGGGUGACGACAAGGAAAAAAAGAAAAAGAAAUCCCGGACCAAGAAAACGGAAGUGGAUGAACUGGAGGACUUUCUGGGCGGGGGAGCAGGGUCGAUCAAAAGAGAUGACGGCGACUAUGAAGAACUAUAAAAGCUCCCGUUUUAUUUGGAAGUGGAGCCACCGAACAGCAGCGAGGCACAUGCUCCUUCAAAAACUUCUGGUUCCUUGACUUGUAUGUGCAUAAAGCAGCAUCUCCAAGCCAUACGCAAUACGCAAGGCUACCGACAACACCCAGGUAAAAUAACCAAGGACUCUGGUACCCGUAUGUUCCUUCUGAUUGAUUUCCCCAUCUGCACUACUGCUGUCACUUCCAUUUCAAGCGGUAAGAAAAGGCAAGGACACCCACAUGUACUGUAGUGAGCUAGGACAGAAAAUUUGGUGGCUGUUGUAGCCGCAGAUUGGCUCUUUGUACUUUGACACGAUUGAAUAUGUUGGCUUAGUGUUUUCUUUGAUUUGAUACACACUCUGCAAGUGGUCCACUCUAAAUCAGCUGCUGUAAAUAGGGUAAUCAUUUUGUCUGAAUGUUUGUGUGGUUGGUGUAAUAAUCGAGAGCAUGCUCAAAGUGACGACUGACUCUUUAGAGACUCCACAGUGUUCUUUUCUUCUUUUUUUUUCCCUCUUUCUUUUGCGUUGGCUAAAAUGGGUUAAAGCAGAUCUUUGUCCAGAUUUAUUCUUGUGUGUCUAAUCAUGAGCAAUGAAGAAGAUAUUCAGAGCGAGUUGAUUUAAGAACUAAAUUUAAGAAACUCACCAACAAAGGAAAUGACUUCCCCUCGUCUCACUCUUGGAGCAUGUCCACACUAAGCCAGCUAAUUCUUUAAAAUGCAUCGUUUUUCUGUCUUUUGUCCCUUUGUCCUCACUAAGCCUGCGUUGUUUUAAUCUAAGAAAAGCUUUUUGAAAACACUCUCUGAGUCUGAUAAACCUUUAAGCAUCUGAGCUUUUGAAAAACUGUGUUUUAAGCCUAAUAGGUGGCUCCAGCUAUGUUAGUGAUCAUUUUUUUGAACUGAUAUAGCCACACAACGCAGGGGUUGUAAUGAGCCUGUAUUUAUGCUGGUUUUGGUCUGACCUUCUCAUGCAGAGCAGGAAGUACCAUUCUGUAGUUUUUACAAAUUAUGAUCAAAUCACUUUGGCAUUAUCAUAGAUAUCCUGUCUGGAUGUGGUAAUGCAGAUGCACAGAAUUCAGUUGUAGUUGUACCGGCCACACUGCACCUGGAGGUGGUCGGGCUGGGAUUGCUUCUGGGUCUCAGCCCGUCAUAAAUAACCUCUGUGCAGUGUGACCACAUUCUGCUGAAAGAAAAUCACCCAGGAAGUUCAGAAAUCUCCCGACUCUGGCUCUUCCUGCAGUAGCCAGAAAGUCUUCCCUUGGAGGAAGUGGUUUAAAAAGUGACUGUGUCUGUUGACCUGGGACGCUCCCUGUUUGCUGGCAGAGCCGCAAAACACGUUGAACUAAUUUUCAGGUGAGCUAGCUAACAUUAUGUGUUUGGAUUGGAUGCCAUUCUUGCUUUGUGAGAGGUUUGAAUGUGUGUUCAGACUCACCGCUGAGUAUCACAGAUAAACUCCUAUCCAUUUACUGACGACACUGGAGUUUUUAGUUAAGGGAAACUUACAUGACAGUGCUUUGCAGCACUUGUUGUGAAAGGGUGUUUGAAACCCACCUUCUGAUCUGUGAAAUCUCUAGAUCUCUGGAGUCUACAUGUUGAUCACAUCAACACAGCAGCCUUGUGUCACAGUAAAAUGUCCUGGAAAAUGAUGUGUUGAAAUGAGUGGGAUGCUUUCUUACUUUAGUGACGCUGGUAUCGCUUGAAUCCCACCCACACACAGACUGUGGAAGAGAAGAGACAGCCUGCCCUCACUGCUCCGUGACCAUGUCUCGUUCCAGGUUCAUUUUUCAAACCUAAAGCCGUGUUUACAUCGUGUAAACAUUUGUUGUUGGUUCUGUCCGGUGGGAAAGCGCAGCCGCUCCCUGGCACCUCCCUGAUGUAAAAUAAUACUGUAGAUCAUACUCUGCCGUGUCUUUUGGCCGAGUCACAGGAAGAAUCCGUUGUGUGAUUGUGUAACCGUUUGAAAGACAAAAAUGUUGUGUAAUCUCUUCCCAGCGUUACCUGUUUUCCUGGCGCUUCAGUGUGGAUGGAGAUCUCUAUGAAAACUCUAACAUGGAUGCGUGUUUGUUUCUCAGCACGUUAGAAGUGAGCUGGCUUAGUGUGGAUGUUGUCGUGGUGUGAAACUAACAGCUCGCCCAGCGUUGGCUUUCAUCAGCCGGUGAAGCGGCGUUGGCAGGGAACAAAUCAUCCCCUUUGAUUUUAGAAUUUCAUUCACUGGUACAAAUGAUGUCCCUGCUCCGUGCGCUCAAACAAUUUAAAGACUCUCUCCUGCCCCUCCCCCACCACAUCCUACAGGCUACAUGCAAGUUCUCUUCAUGUUUUCUGCAAUUGCCUUAAUGGAGGUUUCAACAAGGGAAUCAUGUGCCGCUGUCCUCAUGAACCAUCAUUAAGUGUUCUUAAUGUAAACCGUUUGUUAGCUCAGUAGGGUUAAAGAAUGUCGUCCUAGCCUUUUAUUGGUGAAACAGAAUCUGUCAUCCUCGAAGCCCAUUGUAAGAUUGCAGUGAACCAAUACAUUUGUUUGUCUGCUGUUUUUUUUUUUGUUUGAUUCUCAUUGGACAGAAAAACACCUUUAAAAAAAAAAAAAAAGGAGUAUUAUGGAAUUGUGUUUCUCUGUAAGUGCAACAUAUCCAAAAAUGUCUCAUUGUUUUAUUCUUGUGUUAUUUAUUUGUCAUUUGCUUUUUUUCUGUUUUGUUUUGUUCCUAAAUGUCAGAGUUCUGUUUGUGUGAUUUGUGCUGAAACUGUCCUCAUCAGUCCAACACAUCAUGCAGCUUUUUACGGCUUAUUGUUGUUCACGUUCACAUGAACUCUCUCCUGUAAAAUGGUUUAUUUCCACCGCUUUUAAGCGAAAUGUACGUGGUGACUUAUGUGCUGCUCCACUUUUCUCUUGUUCUUUCUUUUGUCCAAAUGCCUCAAAUUGCCUGCUCAUGAUAGACGGAGAUGACACUCAGUAUCUUCCAUCACCAAAAUGUUUCAGACGAGCGAUGCAUCUCAGAUAAUGUGUAUUUUUAGACAUGUUUUGACAAGUUACAGGUUUCAUACAUUUUCCAUCUCCCACACACGGUUACACUGUUUGGUUUACAAAGAAAUUAUGUUUGAUAUUCCAAAGUUGAAACUAUGCAGCAUUGAUCCUGAAUACUGUAUGCUGUUUUGUUUUUUUUUUUGUUUUUGUUUUUGUCUUUUGUCAUGUGAUUGAGGAUAAAUGCUGAAAGCAGUUUCAAGCAAAAGCAUGAGACUUAAAUGUACAGUAAAAAGAGAAUGUAUAAAGUAUACAAAUAAAUAUAUAUAUUUGAGGAGCUUUGUUCCAAAAUGACAUAUACACCAUGUGGAAACACUGUCACUGAAGUCCUAUGAAAUGAUCUUAACAGGGAGGCGUUUCUGUGAACGGCUAUGCAUUUAUAUCAUACACUCAGCCGGCAGUUUAUUAGGUUCACCUGGUUAAAGCUAAUGUCCUGCGGUACAGCCUAACUUCAUGUUCAGAGGUGCUGAUCCAGGUGCUGGAUCAUUCUGGAAGCUGCAGUUUGUGGCGCUGUUGAACUGUUUUACGUUAUGUUGACAGGUGUUUCUGUUAUUUUGUCCUCCCCAUUCAAAUGAGGCUCAAUAACAGAAACACAUCUUUGUAUAACAUAAUACACUUGAACAUAAUAGAGUUCACCAUCAUCACAGGCUACAGCCUGAUGAUCCUACGCCUGAGUCAGCACCUCUGAACAGUAUAACCCUCAUGAAGGUAGGAUGAACUGCAUGUAGGCCUAAUCAGUUUUAUCUAGGUGUUCCUAAUAAACUGAGAGCUGAGAGCAUAUAAGAAAUACUUUAUGUGUGAUGUUUUUUUUCUACAUGGAUGUAUGACAUUUUGGAAUGAAACCCUUCAUUUAUUUUUCACCCCAUGACAUGUUCCAUCUUUACACUGUGUGUGAGUUUGCCUACAUUUGGUUUGUCCAAUAAAAUGCAAACUUAUUUCUUCAUA